GGCGAAGAAGAAGACUGUGGGUCAUCACACAACUUCGUCUCAACAAGCCCGCUGACCGCUGUUUAGUUCCCCGCGCUCUUCGGUCUCGUGAGUAGCACCACUCCACGGACAGGCACACGUCGUUAACGCGCCGCACAGCACCGAAACAAUUUCCUCCCGAAGAAUGUCAAGAUCGUCGGGUAUGCCCGGACGAAGAUGGACCACGAAGAGUACCUUCGCCGCGUCAAAUCCUACAUCAAGACACCGACGAAGGACCUCCAGCAGCAGCUGGACGAGUUCUGCAGCUUCUGCACAUACAUAUCCGGCCAAUACGAUCAAGAUGAUUCGUUCAUCGUCCUGCGGAAACACUUGGAGGAGCUCGAGCAAGGUCGGAAGGAGACACACAGGGUGUUCUACAUGGCACUCCCACCCAGCGUCUUCAUCACGGUCUCUCAGCAUCUCAAGCGCAAUUGCUAUCCCACAAAGGGCAUUGCUCGUAUCAUCGUGGAGAAGCCGUUCGGCAAAGACCUCGCCAGUUCAAGAGAGCUGCAGCGAGCGCUCGCACCAGAUUGGACCGAAGAUGAGAUCUUCCGAAUCGACCACUACUUGGGCAAGGAAAUGGUCAAGAAUAUCCUCAUCCUGCGAUUCGGCAAUGAAUUCUUUGGCGCCACCUGGAACAGGAACCACAUUGACAACGUACAGAUUUCCUUCAAGGAGCCAUUCGGCACAGAGGGACGGGGAGGCUACUUUGACGAGUUCGGAAUCAUCCGAGAUGUCAUGCAGAACCACCUGCUGCAGGUCCUAACGCUCCUCACGAUGGAACGGCCCAUCUCCUUCUCCGCCGAAGAUAUCCGUGACGAAAAGGUCCGCGUCCUCCGCGGCAUGCCCGCCAUUGAACCCAAGAAUGUCAUCAUCGGACAAUAUGGAAAGUCGCUCGAUGGCACCAAGCCUGGCUACAAGGAGGAUGAUACUGUUCCUAAGGAGUCACGGUGCCCGACUUUCGCCUCUAUGGUUGCCUACAUCAAGAACGAGAGAUGGGAUGGUGUGCCAUUCAUUCUCAAGGCAGGAAAAGCUCUGAACGAGCAGAAGACGGAAGUUCGCAUUCAGUUCAAGGACGUCACAUCCGGCAUCUUCAAGGACAUCCCACGAAACGAGCUCGUCAUCCGCGUCCAGCCUAACGAGAGCGUCUACAUAAAGAUGAAUUCGAAGUUGCCAGGUCUUAGCAUGCAGACCGUCGUCACAGAGCUUGACCUUACGUACCGAAGGCGGUUCUCCGACCUGAAGAUCCCGGAGGCGUACGAAUCGCUCAUCUUGGAUGCACUGAAGGGCGAUCACUCCAACUUCGUCCGUGACGACGAGCUUGAUGCGAGCUGGAGGAUCUUCACUCCCCUGCUCCACUACCUCGAUGACAACAAGGAAAUUAUUCCGAUGGAGUAUCCUUAUGGCUCUCGCGGCCCUGCCGUGCUGGAUGACUUCACGUCUUCCUACGGAUACAAGUUCAGCGACGCAGCAGGUAGGACCUAACCUCUGUGGCACGCAUCCGUCUGUUACUGACAGAAUCGCCCAGGCUAUCAAUGGCCCAUGUCAAACACUGAGAAGCUGUAAAGCUUACUUUCUACGGUGCACAAAAGUUGGCCUGUAUUGGGAAUUUCGCGAAGGAUACCAGGAUACCGACCCUGAGGACCAGGCUUGGUGGCCAGUCUCAAGAUGCGAGUUAGGCUCAGGGCUGAUAGACAAUGAAUGCAACUCUCUUUAACGUCAUGAGAAGCCGCACUGAGCCGCUCUAUCUAGUACUGCGAACCAUGACCCGCAGCUAACAGCGAUUUUGAAACGUCGAUCUUCCGCCUACGUCUUUGUCGGGUGCUGUUUGCAAGGGCGAGAAACGAAGGCGACCUCGUCCGAGAACGGCUUGGAAUGUGUGGCUGGUG